CAGUCCCCUUCCAGUGCAUAUAUUUUGUUAUCCGGUUAGUGUUGCAAAAUAGAGGUGUUUUAUUUUGUGAUUUUUCCACAUAAUCCCCAUGCUUCAGGAUGAAUUUCCCACCUGUAACAGCUCGGGCAUUCAUGGCAAUGCAGAAUUUGAAUGUGAGUGAAUUAUCAAAGUGCUGCUUGCGUGAGAUUCGACCAAUUCUUCCAAGUCUCGUUCGCAUGACUCUCCUCCAAGCCACAGACAAUACACAAGAAUGGACAGAGGCUCGCAAGCAAAUCCUCUCAAUUUUAGUGGGCAUUGAAUUUGCCAAUAACAUUGUAUCCAUCCUCCAAAUUAACUACCACGAACUGGAGGUGGAUAUUAAAAAGGAACAGCAACUGCGGCAAAAAUUGGGGACAUCACAGAAUGAAUCAUCUCACUGCUAUACCCUGCAGAAUGGGGCUGCAAUGGGAUUUGAGCGUGCAGAUGUGGCACGAAAGGUGCGAGUAGUGUUAUCAGAAUUAUUCUACAUCCAAGCACAGAUUGCUGAACAAAACCAACAAGGAACAACAAGAAAUGCCACAGAAUCUCUCGUGAGGGAAUCUGAGUUAUUUGACAAUGAAAUUUACUUGGAGGAGGUAACAGAUAUCAUUUGCAUUGCCUUAGCUGAAUUACCAUCCCUCCUCAACAUCCAAGACAUUGUCGAUAUCUUGCUCUACGUAAACAAUGGGGCUAAUGUAAUUUCCUGGAUUAUUGCAAAUAUGCCUGAUUGCUUCAAAGAAGUCACAGCAUCACUCAUUUCAAACGGAGACGAGGAAACAGCUGAUGGGAAACUUCGAUUGCAAGUUCUCACAGCCCUGUGUGAUAUGAAUCCCAGUCAAGCUCUCUCCACGCGAACACUCUGUGUCGAACUCUCAAAGAUGCCAUCAUUGAUGCUAAAGCUUAGCCUUCGAGAUCCUCAAGAUCUCAUAGCUUUUGUGUCUGGACUUCUGCUGGGAAAUGACCAGAACACGCGUUCGUGGUUUGCUCAAUUUGUCCGGAGCAGUCAGAAACGCAGGAGUGAUGCCCUGCAGCUUGUUCGUGAAGAACUGCAGAAGCAACUCCAGAGUCUCGUCGUCUUUUCUAUGAAUUCAGAACUUCCGGACGAAUGUGUCGUUCAGGCAUCCACUCUUCUGCGUCUCUACUGUGCUCUGAGAGGAAUAGCCGGAGUUAAAUUCAAUGAUGAUGAAAUUCACCUUCUCAUUCAGCUGGUGACAUCGAGACCGCCGCCAACUCCUGCAGGAAUACGUUUCGUAUCCCUGGGACUCUGUAUGCUAAUAGCCUGUCCUUCGCUCAUCUCUCAACCAAAUUUUGAAGCCAAGGGAAUCGAAUGGAUGCAGUGGCUGAUAAAGGAGGAGGCAUACUUUGAAAGCAACAGCGAUAUGGCAGCCUCUUUUGGGGAGAUGCUACUCCUGAUGGCCAUUCAUUUCCACAGCAACCAAGUUCCGGCUAUUGGGGAAUUAGUGUGCUCAACAUUGGGCAUGAAAAUCCCCUUGAGGCCCAACAAUACUACACGUAUGAAGCAGAUCUUUACUCAGGAAAUCUUCACAGAAGCCGUUGUUACAGCACAUGCUGUCAAGGUUCCCGUGACGGUUAAUUUAAAUGCUGAUAUCCCAGGAUAUCUACCAGUUCACUGUAUACAUCAAUUGCUCAAAUCUCGAGCAUUUUCUAAGCACAAAGUGCCCAUCAAAAGUUGGAUUUACAAACAAGUAUGCAACUCAACGACGCCUCUUCAUCCCGUACUUCCAGCUCUCAUUGAAGUCUACGUGAAUUCCAUUAUUUUGCCCAAUGCUAAAGGACCCGUUGAGCAUACACAUAAGCCACUAUCUGAGCGAGAAAUUCUCAAGGUGUUUGAGAAUUCUGUUCCUGGAGCUAAUUUUGAUCAUAAAAAGAGAAAUUACAUAUUUGAAUUCGAGAUGGAACAGACGGAUGUAGGAGAGGAGGAAUUAUCUGGAGUGCCCAGCAUCACAUCGCAACUUCUUCUCCUGUACUAUCUUCUGCUCUAUGAGGAUGUUCGGCUGAACAAUAUGGCCAAUAUUCUGAUUAAUGGUAGAAAAGUCAAGGCAUACACGAUGGAUUUCAUGUCAGAGCUUCCCAUCAAGUAUCUUCUGCAACAAGCUCAGAAGAAUCAACGAAAUUUUGGGGGACUUUUUUCGCCCCUUCUGCGUCUCCUGGUUACACAUUUCCCACAUCUCUGUCUCGUGGAUGAUUGGAUUGCCGAAGAAACAAUAGCUCUGGAAUCAACAAGUCGCAGCAUAAUCACAGAAUUCAAUGUGAUUGAGGCUUUCGAGGAGCUGGAAAUAUCAUCAAUUAAAGCUAUACGUCUCAUGAGGCGAAUGCUCAAGAAAACGCCCAAAGAUCUUUGGCCACUAGCAGGAACAUUCAUCAGAUACUUUAAAAAUAUCCUGAAAGAUGACACCCCUAGGCUCGUGACGGAGCUGUAUAAGCAAGUUUGGGUGCGUCUUAACACCGUUCUUCCGCGACGUCUCUGGACAAUGUCCAUAAAUGCCCUUCUGCCUGAAGAUCAGCUCAUCAAAAAUUUCUCACUAGUUCAAGAAUCGCCAUGUAUAGAUGCCUUGCAGGUAUUGCGAUGCGAUGAGAGAAUCUUUCGCUGUCCAGAUGCCCUGUCCAUUGUUUUGCGCAUCCUCCAGGCCAGCUUAGCGGCGUCCAAAAGUCAACUUUCUCGACACAUUCAGGAUAAGCCGCUAAUUGAGAAAACGGGACAGAUUCAGUCUGAGGCAGAACGUGAGGAACUCAAAAUGGCCCUCGUAUAUUCACAGGAGACCGUUGCCGUGCAGAUCCUAUUGGAAGCAUGUCUGGAGACAGAGAGUGAUAGAAAUCUCCCGGGAAGGCUGUGGGCGCUUCGAGAAGUGCGUGGCAUAAUAUGUUCCUACAUCCACCAAGUAUUCAUCUCAGAGAUCACUCUGGCCAAAUUGGUGAUGUUCCAGGGCUUUCACAGAGAUCUACUGAGUGUGGUCGUCAAGGGAAUACCUUCAAUGCAUGUUUGUCUGCACUACAUCCCCGAACUGCUCAAUAUGCCUGAGAUGGAGAAGCAAAUCUUUGCCAUUGAUCUGGCAUCGCAUCUCUCCAUUCAGUAUUCCCUUCCCAAGUCCCUGAGCAUUGCCAAGCUGUGCAUCAACACACUAUCUACUCUUCUUGGAAUUCUAUCCGGAGAUUCCCGGAUUGAAAUGUUCAGAGCUAUUUUGCCGUGCAUCGUGCGAUUUGCCGAAGCAUUUCCACCCUUACUGGAUGACUGUAUAUACUUCCUCAUGCAGCUGGGAAGGAUUGCUGACUCUCAGGCUGCUCUUGGUCGUUCAACGGCUCUCAAUGCAAAUGCUCACGUCGAGGCGAAGAACACAGGAUCAGAUGCAGAGAAACUUGUUGCUGAGGUCAAAGAGACAUUCUCCAAUCUCCUAGAAUAUGCUGUUGUUUCACCCAAAAUUUACUAAAAGAUUUUCUUUGGACAAAAUAUUUUCAAUAAAAACUUUUGUCGAUCAUGGCUUCCUUUUG